CAAUGUAUAUAUACUUGAGUUAGCAAUAUUCCAUCCACUGUUCUUUCAGUUUUAACUGAAAAUGCACACUGCAAAGUUCAUUCGGCGUGCUGCCUUAGUUUUGAUAUUUGCAUUUAAUUGGGAAAGUAUUAACGCAAAAGAAUAUGCUAUCAAAUCUGAAUCUCAAGAUCACGUGAUUGAUUUUUGUCGCCAUGCAGGGUGCAGGUUUUUAAAACAAGUCACCAGCAUCUACUACCUUAUUAAUUGUCCAGUCCCAAGACGGAGAUUCAAAACAGGAAAAGAGGAAGAGAAAAUUGAGGACAUAGCUAAAAAGUUUAACGAUACGAUCACAAAUGUGGAAUACCAACAUCUGCACAAGAACUAUCCAAGAACACUCGAUCCCAAAUGGAAUACGAUGUGGAACUUGAACAAUCAAAUCCAGCCGACAAUGAAAAUCCAAGAAGCUUGGUCCACGGGUCGUUCUGGUGCUGGGGUUGUUAUAGCCGUUGUUGACGAUGGUGUUCAGCUGAAUCACCCAGACCUACAACAAAACGUUAAUGUCCUGAAUAGCUAUGAUUACUAUAAUUCCGAUGUAGACCCCACACCGAUAUCCGUGAAUGAUAGUCAUGGAACCAUGGUAACCGGAUUAGUGGCGGCCGUAGCAAAUAACAAUCAGUGUAUCGUGGGUGUCUCUCAUCAUUCAACUGUAAUAGGAAUCAAAUUAUUAGGUGAGAACGGAGUCACAGAUGUAACUGAAGCAUUAGCUCUAAAUCAUCAUUUGUCGGGUGUAGACAUUUAUAUCAAUAGCUGGGGUCCACCGGAUGGAUAUGGGUACUCAGGUCCAGGAUCAGUCACUCAGAGUGCCUUCAUUGAUGGUGUUACGAAGGGAAGAAACAAAAAAGGUGUCAUUUUCGUAUGGGCGGCAGGGAAUGGUGGACUGCAUGACAACUGCAAUGGAGAUGGUUAUGCCAACAGCAUUUAUACUAUUCCUAUAACCAGUGUGGAUUCCAGUGGGAAAGCGGCUUAUUAUGCAGAAGUCUGUGCUCCAGUAUUUGCUGCAACAUACUCUGGCAGUAGAUAUAGAACACUGGUAUCAACCUCUGUUCCAUCAUCCUGUGUUGAUGGGUUGCAAGGAACAUCUUUUUCUGCGCCACAAGCAGCGGGGAUGAUAGCUCUUGCACUGCAGGCAAAUUCAGCUUUAACCUGGCGAGAUGUACAACACCUUGUAGUAAGGACAAGCAAGCGAGAUCAUCUUCAAGAUGGAUACUCAUCCUGGCAACGAAAUGGUGCAGGAUAUUAUGUGAGUCAGGUCCUUGGUUUUGGACUGAUGGAUGCAGAAGCAAUGGUGAACAAAGCUAAGACUUGGGUGUCUGUUCCUGAACAAAUACGUUGUUCAACGUCGACAUUUUAUGUACAUAGAUCUACGGGAUAUAGUUACACUUCAUACAAAGUGUCAAGCAGCAAACGGAUAACAACUGGGGAUAACUGUAAAUUAUCUGACUUGGAACAUGUGGAGGUUGAAAUUUCGUUUUCCUACACGAGAAAAGAGGGAGCUGUGAAACUGUAUCUGGAGUCACCUGCUGGAACAAAGUCGCAUUUGAUGACUCCAAGACCACAAGACUCUGUUAAGUAUCCAUGGUCUGGGUCAAAACGUUGGUACUAUACGUCCGUACAUUACUGGGGUGAGAGCGUGGAUGGAACAUGGAUAUUGACCGCAGAAUCAGAUGAACCUUAUUCUGUUCAAGUAACUUUAAGAAGUUGGAGACUAAGUUUUUAUGGAUUUUUCAAAGAGAAAGAAGAUGAAAGCUCUGGUCUGAGUGUUGGAAUAAUUGUAGCGAUCUCUCUGGGUGCUGUUGCAGUCAUUGUUAUAUUGAUCAUUGUUAUUGUAAAAUUAAAGAUUAGCGCCAUGAAAAGGAGAACGACAGUUGCACCAACAGAAGGAAGAAAUACACAUGUACGAUACUGAGACAGAUUUCAGCUCCAUUUACAUUAAUGUUUGAUAAUUUCGAAUUGGUGGAAAUUAAAUGUAAUUUAUUUUCUGUAUUUCAUAUAAAAUCAACAAUGCUAAU